UAAAUAAUAAUAUCUAGGUACCAUGUAGUUUGAAUGGCUGCCAAAAAGACACUAUGGCUACAAGUUAGUCUUUCAAGUAACUUGGCCAAAAAGAAAAAGGUAAAAAUCCCAUUUGAUGAUGGUGAUUAUGAAAAAGCUUUUGAGGUUCUUACAGAUACAUGUAGAAAUCUUUUAAAUCAACAUCUCAAAUCACCUGAUGAAGCUCCUGAACUUGUAAUGGUGUACAAACCGGAAGAUGAGUUAGAAGGAGAUGAUACAGAAUUAGGAGAAUGUGAUGAUUUGGAGGGAAUGCUGGAUGAAUAUCCAUCCGGAAAAGGAGUACGUGUUAUCAUAAACACAGAUGAGUUUGAAGAUAGGUCAUUCUUUGUUGGUACUACUCUACAACAAAGUAACAGUAAGGUGUCCUCGUGGUUAGCUCAUGGUGCUACAGCUACUGAUUCUGAUACAGAUGAGAAAUUGAACAGGAGUUCCCGUACUUCAAGCCCUGGCACCAGCCAACCACGGAAGCGACAGAAAUCCUAUCCUGGACAAAGCACACAAAAGCAACCUAAGACAGAAACAGUUCAGAAGCCAAAUUCGUCCCAAGAAACCAGCCCAGAAGUUUCUGCAAAUGACUUUCUACGGGACUUGGAUGGGAAAGAUGGAGGAUCGAGUGCCAUCCCACAAUCUGACAUAGACCGAACACUAGAUUCAAGUGGCAGCGAUGUUUUUGUUGUUAUUGAUCGACCUCAUGAUGUACAAUUGAUGGAAGUGGAUGAGAGUGUACAAAUGGUGGAUGAGAGGGAUACAAAAUCAGGAGAAGUUGAUGAGAGUAUCGUUAUACUAGAAGCCCCAUCUAGUCAAUUCAACAGAGAUGGUGGAGAAUGUUUACAAUCUGAAACAACUGAUAUUGUUUCAACCGAGCCCCAUCAAGUUCAACCCUAUAGUCCCGAUAAGACUGUGACUUUGACAAGCGACGAUACUAUUAGUGAUAUCAACAGCGUCCCUUACCUUUCAACUGAGGAAGUGAAAGUGACUUUGAAGGACUCUGACCUUGACACUUUAAAAGAGGAGUUAAUUUAUGAAGAAAUCCCGGGAAGUGACGCGGGCGAGGAUCAAUUGAACAAAGGAGAAAGUGAAGAAGUAGUGCCUCCUAAAGAUAACAGUGUGCCGAAAGACACAGAUAUCGUACAUGUCCGGGAUAGAGAGAGCUCUGAAGAAGUCGAUGGACCUGCAGUACCAGAGCCCAAUGUAAAUAAUUCCAAGACAAUUGAGGAGAAUGAUAAGGAUGAAAAUGCCAGCAAACGACAGAAAGUUGCUGAUGCUCCUCCAGAGGGCGUUGAAACAGAUGGACCAAAAUCAGAGACAACUCCUAACACAGCUACUCCUAACACAGCUACUCCUGGCGAUACAGCAGAUUCUAUGUCAGAUAUUGAAACAAAGAAGAAUCCUCCUUCUGAAAUCCCAAGUGUUACACAGUCCGGUCAGUUAUUUUCUAAAGAAGAGGUUUCAAAAGUUGUAACUGAAGAAGUUGUAAGACCUUCACCUAAUGCUGAUUCAACCCCUUCAACUGAAGAUGUUUCAAAACCUACUAAUGAUGCUGUUUCAAAACCUUCAACUGAAGAGGUCUCGAAAGCUGCAACUGAUAAGUUUCCUGCCGAUGACAACAAGCCUUCUCCGCCUGUUGUAGAAAGAGAAAUAAGUACAGAAGAAAGACAGCAAAUGUUGAGUAUGUAUAUUACGCAGAGCUUGAACCUAUCAUCCCCACAAGAAAGUUCGGAAACCGACGAUCCAAACCUGAGCAAUAAUAUCACGUACAGUACCAAAAAGUCUACUGGAGGCUCCAGUACUGAAAUCAUAACUUACAGACGUACACCAGCUCCUGGAAUGAUAAGCUAUCGUGAUGCUCUGAGUGGACAACCUAAGCCAAAACGAAAAGGAUUAACUGGGACUAUUGUAGACACAUUCAAACAAGGAUAUCAAGCCAUAACGGACAAAAUAACAAGCAAAAAGAUCAACGUUAAUUUCAUCGUCCAUGCUAAAGUUGCACAAAAAUACUUAGCUCUAGCUUAUGCUAUUGGCAGUGUAAGCGCAAGUUGGAAGCAAGUGGAGUGCAAAGAAUUUCUCGGAAAACCAGGAAGUGACGCUAAGGUCUUUAAAGCCAUCAUCGAAGACGUUCCUGAGGAUUCUCGAAUAUUGUACAAGUUCCUCAAAUACUCAGUCUCAUAUUUAUACGCUAAUAAUGUGCAAAACGAGUGGGAGUAUCUAGAUCGCAAUCAAUUCCAUACGGAUGCUCACCAGCAUGCAAAUAGACUUGUUGUUAUCGAAAACGAAAGCAAGACAGUGUACGUGGCUGUGAGAUUCUCUUAUGUUAGCGAAUCGCAGCUUUUUCAUCAGUAUCUAGCUCUCCUUCAAGUUAUUCAAAGUCAGAACCACUCCAAUUUGGACAUAUGUAUCCAGUUGGACUCCUUUGUAUAUGAAACACUUGUAGUCAUUCCUGAAGUCAAACAUCUGUUCAAAGAAAACUUCCAAGGGCUCACGAGAACCAUAUUUAAACAUAGCAACGUGAAAUCUCGUCUAAUGUUACUUUGGCUCCUACCUAAUUUCUCAAGAAGAGUUAAAGGACAACAUAGGAAAGACACUUUGGAUGUGUCAACUGUUAAGGAAUGCACUAAAAUGCUCAUUCCCCUGGUAGAAGAUGGUUUAGAACCUCCAAUAUGCGCGGCUGCUUUAAAGAAGCUGGAAAGGUUAUUAACUAUUCAUCAAGAAGACUGCCCACAGCUUGUGAUACCGCUGUAUGUGAUGAGGAACAAAGUAAAAGAAUCCGGAAUCAUGGAGGAUGAAGAUGACUAUAUGAUGGGACAUCGCUUUAACGAUCACUUUGAUGAUGCCAGAUUCCCACUUGACAGAGAUUUCUUUGUUGAAAGCAAAGAGUAUUUGAAAAAGGUGUCUGGUCUGCUGAAGUUCUGUGCUAGGUCGGCAGAUCUUAGCGGGCUAACAUAUCUUGUGCAAACCUAUCCAAAAGAUGUUUCUGUGGACCUGAUCGUCAGUUGCGUCAGAAACUGGGACAUAGAAUCAUUUGUGAGCUCAUCCAUGAUGACGGAAAAGAGCAUUAAAGCUGCUGCAAAGCUGAUAUCUAAACAUGUUCUUUAUAACCUAGACAGUAUAAAUGUGACAGAAAAUCUAGAGCAGAUUCUUGACCGAUGGGGUAGAAGGCUUCAUGAGUAUACAAUGAGAAGAAACGUUAGUAAAAGAGAAACUAGGAGCUCAAUUGCAUACAGUGCGAUUUUUGGAGGGACUGCUAAAGAUGAGAGCUGGUUUAGAAUUGCAGCAAGCAUUUUCUCGGGUUUCUGGCAAUGUUACAUCAUCUCUACAAUCAAGUGGAAGAGCCCCAUCAAAGACGUUCAUUCUGCGCUCUUAAACUCCCUGCCACUCACUUGGUGGACGACUCUAUUCGAGGGAGUCCUCAAAACUACGCCUUUAUCGGAAAAUAAAGAUGAGCUCUAUGACGAUAAUUAUCAAGCUGAAGCUGAGAAAUUCAUUCUGGAAAGAUUCAGAAUUUUCAUGAACAACAAAGAUGACGAAGAUAAAAAGAAGCUAAUCGAAGAUGAUUCAUUCCUAGACGAAGUGAAAGUUCCUCAAAAAAUGAUCAAUGUGAUGAUAGACACCUUACAAUCCUUCAUCAUAAUAUAUUUGAAAGAUAACCAAAGGUUCUAUAACUCAUCAAAGGGUUUUAUUAAGGCGUUGAGAGAAAUCCUCUUGCGAAAGUUUCCUACUGGGGUGAAUUACAGCCACCUUUUAGUAUCUGAUACUAACUCAACUAACUACUUUCCAUGGGAGAUGAUUUUUGAGCUGUCAGAGUUCAAAAAUAACGAUGUCGUUAAAGACGCUAAAGAGACACUUAAAGAUAGUUACGAAGAUAUCCGUUCCAGAGAUAUGACUUUACAGAUUCUAGAAAAGUUGAUUGACGAGAAUAGCCAAAUUAACAAUCGAUUUCAAUUCUUGGUUACGAAAGUUGUUAAAGUUCCUGCGACUGAUAUCAAGGCGGUGUUUACUGAGGUGGCAACAGAAUUUGGGGAAUUUCAGAUGAUUCUUCGCAAUUGUCAUUUACUGAUUGAAUCCUUCGGGAAGAACAAAAGCAUUGACGUGAGAAAUACAAUUCCUGCGCUCGAGCAUUUCUCUAAAAUGAAGAUCAAAGACCUCUGGACCCGAACAGACAGUAGGAGAUUUAAAGUACUGAGGCGAGGAUGUUUUAGCAAUUUAUCGGACGCUCAAAUUUUAACUUUACGGUAUGUGAAGAUGGUUGCGGAUUGCAGGCUUUAUGGGAUAUUGAUAACAAGGCAAUUCAAUGAGACCGAACCUGAACAGUGUAAUAGAGACGAUCUUCUUACUGACCUCGUGAUCAAGGCUUAUGAGCCAGCAUUUUCUAAACUCCGCGGAAUUAUUGAGAAUAUCGGAUCCGAACAAAUCCUACAAUCUGAGAUCAAGAAGAUCUUUAAUCACACAGUGUAUGGCACAUAUGGGGAAGUUAGGAAAGAUUUGUUGCACAUUUGCCACGCUGUCUCAGACUUGUACCCAGAGAGAAUAUCAGACAACACUUUUAAAAAGCUGGAGAUUAUUUUAUCUGAUCUGAAAAGUUCUUUUGAGAGUCUUGACUUGAUCAAGAAGACGCUCAAUAUAACAACAGUCUGGAAGGAUGUCGAAAAACUCCGCAAAACGGUUUGCAAAGAGCAGUUUGAGGAGGCACUCUCUGUUGUGGACGCGCAUUUAGACCUGAGGUUCUUCUACAAGCUACGAGAUACUCGGGAACUGGUGAACGGCUUUGCAAAGAGUCAGGAGCUUAUUACUUGGAUCAAGGAGAUAGCUAAAGAUGAGAAGGACAUCGGGACAUUCAUUGAUCUGGCAAAUACCCUGGAGGACGCUGCCACAUCUGACAGACUGUCGGGUCUGCAUCGUAUCAUACUCGCUAUCCGUCCUCUGGUGUUUGAUGUCAGAUCUGACGGCCAGUUCUCCGACUUUCAGAGAGCGUUUGAUAAGAUGUACAAGUUUGUCGAGGGAGAUACUCAGAUCACAGAUAGGCUGAUUGAUGUGACAGAAAAUCUGAAGUGGUUUAAAGAAAUGCAAGAUUUACAGACUGACACGACUAAGAGUUCAAUAUCUCAAGUUGAAAACAUGAAGGCAUAUGGACGCUUCAUUGUUGGGUGCAAUCAGAAACGAACAGGACUCUCUGACUUUUUUGAAGAGCGUAAGAUCGACGACUUGAUGAAAGCUGAGAUAGUGUACGAAAGUGGGGAUACAAAACACUUGAAGUACAAAGAUCUGAAGGAACUAAACGAUAAAUUGGUGCUGAUUAGCGGACAGCAGAAUUAUCACGAGAAAGUCCUCAGCUUCACCCAGGUGUUUGGUAAGUUGACACAGAUCUGUGAUGUGUACAAGGAGCUUAAUGAGUGUGGACAUGCUAACUAUCAGAAAUGGGUGUACGAGCGAGAUUUCAAGGAACCAGCCCAAGCUUGGGAAGAUGUCAACAAACUGCACAAAGAUAUGCUUCAUCAGUUGGAAGAAGAAAAGAACAAAAUAGAGGAUAAGAUCCGAGAAUAUGCAGCUCUUACAAAUUUUACUAGACUCCAGCUGCUGUAUCUAAGAAACAAGCUCAGUGUGUUCAAGGAGGACGAGCCACCCUCUUAUUACCAUGAGACCCUGAUCCUUCUACAGGCUAUUAGCCCUCAGGUCGUAAUGGAAGAUGUGAAGAGGCAGAUAUACAUUAUCCAAGAAGAAUUUGAAAGCACUCACGAAAGAGAUUUGCUGAGCAUAGACCAACUGGGGAAAAUACUGACAACACUAAUGCAAAAAAGAAAAGAAGACAAGGGGGUUCUAAAAGAUUACGAUCUUGGACGUGGAAUGAUAACUCUGCUGAAAGUUCCUGCUCGAGACAUGUUCAGAUGUGUUCUGUCUCUGUUUAUGCACGCUAACCGAGUACCCACUGCGGAGGAGGUCCUCUGUUGCACACAGGACACUACAGAAGAACAAAUUAGCGUCUUCCUCCGACGAGCCAUAUUUUCAAACAACUUCAGACAAAUAAACUGUCUAGUCAGCCCUGAGAAGCUGUCCUAUCAGCUGAACAAACACUUUGUGGACGAGUACGAGAGGUUGUCUAAAAACAGCACAUCAGCACGGCUCAACUACCUCUUACUGGUGAUUACUGUGGAGAACGUUCCAAGUGAGAUAGCGUCUUCUUACGUGUCCCGCCACAAACAGGUACCACUUGGAGACAUCAGGAGAAUAAAAGAGUUCACAGAAAAGACAAUCCUACAGAAUGAUCAAUGCAGAUGCGAUCCAAACAGACUGUCUGGAAGACUUAUUCAGUCCGAAGGGUCCGGAAACGGAAAAACAAGAAAAGCAAACCUAAUUCUGGACGAGUUUGCCAAGCAGUACACCUUAUGCUGUGUUCCCAUACACAAGCGGGAUUGUGAUCGGAAUAUCAUCGUUAAAGAGUUUCUGAGCCACAAAAGAGAUCCUGUCAGGAAUACCAUGUACUUGGUUGAUGUAUCACCUUCUGUUCGAGAGGGGGCUGACGUUUUUAUUUUCGAGUUGCUGAUUCUAAAGAAGAUAACAGACAGUGCGGGCAGAGUUUUUAGACCAUUCAAUGGUGACUACGUCCUUAUUGAGGGCCUCUUCUCCUCUGGACCCUUUAUCCGCAACUUCCCCAUAGACUUCACAAACUUCUUGCCUGUCUACGACUGUCUGAGUCCCCAACAAUCGCUGGAUAUUUACAGAACUAAACAGACAACACAACAUAAUCAGACGCUUCUGGAGGCAAAACAGUUCAAAUCAGAAAAGUGGCAAAGGGUCUAUCAAUACUUGCUGCAGUACCGCCUUACUGAAGGCACCAUGGCUAACUUUACCUUCUCCUUUGCCAAUCCACUGAUCGGAACUGAACACGAAGAAGGAUGUGUUGAUCUCUUCUUGAGAUUUGUAAAGAUAAAGGACCCAUCAUGGCGAGAACUUGAUAACUUCGUCUGCUUCCUCAACACACAGCUGCUCUGCUACGAGAACUGCAGUUUUACUAACACAAUCCUAGCUCCAGAGCUCGGGGCUCAGUUCAACGCUUUCGUAGUGAAGUUCAUGAUCACGAUGAGCGAAGAGUUUGCAACAAGAUCUCUUAAUAUCAGCGAAGGAGCUGACGUCCUGGAGGAACACGCUCUGGAGAAACUAUGGGACAAAACAUUCCAUCCUUACCUCUUCUUUAACAACGACGGAAUGAGUUUCACCUUCAUCGGCUUCAAGAUCCAAGCUCCUGGUGACCUUGUAGACGUGGUCACCGAUGAGAUCAGAGUUAAAGACUUUAUGAACCAGGAUUUGUUGGGUAGACUCCGAGGUCAGAGGGUAACAUUUAAAGAUGAUUACAGCGCUUACACUCCAGAGUUGUUGAUGAACAAACUGGAAUCUGUCCUUGAUCUGAGAUAUGGUAAAGUUAAAGCAGCUGUUGAUUACCAACUAACAUUGGAUAACACGAUCAAGAUUCUAGCGAUACAUAUGAGAAUGAGAUCAAACAUUCCGGUGGUGAUCAUGGGGGAGACGGGAUGUGGUAAAACCAGACUGAUUGCCUUCAUGUGCGACAUCAUUAAACAGAGUGUUUUGAGCAAGUAUGAAGAGGAAAAUGUUCCGGAGAAUGUCAAUAAUCUUAUAACAUUGAGAGUGCACGGCGGCAUAACAUCAGCAAUGAUAAGUGCUAAAAUAGCAGAGGCAGAGGAACAGGCUUUGUUCAACAAGGGUAUUGAUGAAAAGUUCGAAACCAUUGUCUUCUUUGACGAAGCCAAUGCUACAUCAGAGAUUGAUCUGAUCAGAGAGAUCAUGUGUAACCACACCAUCAAUGGCCGCAGAAUCAACUCAUCCAUUCGAUUCAUCGCAGCUGUCAAUCCAUACAGAAAACACACACCGGACAUGAUUGAGCUGCUGAAGAAAGCAGGGUUAGGUUAUAGAACUGGAGAAGCAGAUGUGGUAGAUCGUAUCGGAGACAUCCCUCUCCGAGAACUUGUCUACAGAGUUCACCCUCUCCCUCCCUCCUUGAAACCCCUCAUUUGGGACUUUGGUUCCAUGGAUAACACUACUGAAAAACAGUACAUCACACUGAUAAUAAAGUCUAGUUUAUCUGAGGAAUCUAUUAACGAGAGCUUCCUGCUGGGACUGGUUGACAUUAUUUCCGGUUGUCAAGAUGUUCUCAGAACUCGGACCGAUCAGUGCAGCUUCGUGUCUCUCAGAGAUGUCAACAGAUUUAUAGAGGUUUUCAAAUGGUUCAUGAAAAUGACCCCCAUAUUUGCUGAGUUAGCUAAAGAUCAAGCGGCCAAAGCUGGAACGGCUGAUAACUAUAACUUAUCUGACUUCCCACUGGUAGUUAUAUCAGCUAUCAAUGCUAUUGGAGUGUGCUACUAUGUCAGAAUAAGUGCGAGGGUGGAGUACCUUGAUCUUGUUGCUCCGUACUUUAGGAACCCGUUUCCUAACGUAAGAGGACACCAGUUACUAAAUACCAUCACCCGGACCCAGCGAGUCCUACUACACGAGAUGCUCCACAACUCUGGUGUUGGGUUUCAGGAGGAUGUUGCUGAGAAUGAGGCUCUUAGAGAAAACAUCUUUAUGAUGGUGGUGUGUAUUGAGCUGAACAUUCCUCUGUUUAUAGUGGGACACCCAGGCAGCAGUAAGAGUCUUGCUAAACUUAUCGUCAAGGGUUGUAUGUCCGGACUGAGCUCUAACUCUCAACUUCUCGAACAUCUCUGUCAGAUUCACAUGACCUCGUUCCAAUGCUCGCCGCAAUCAGAAGCUGAAGGUAUCGAAAGGACGUUUGAGUCGGCGAAGAAGUUUAUCUCAGAUGAAAAUAACACUCAGAACCGCAGGUUAAUGCCAGUUGUGGUGCUGGAUGAGAUAGGUCUUGCGGAGGAUUCCAAGAAAAUGCCUUUAAAAGCCUUACACUCCCUGCUAGAAAACAGUGGCUCCUCCGAUCAGACCAAAAUAGGAUUCAUUGGAAUAUCGAACUGGUCCCUAGACCCAGCUAAGAUGAACAGAGGGCUCUACGUGACUAGACAAUUACCCGAUUUAGAAGAACUGAAGUCGACAGCUAUAGAAAUAUGCAAAACAUCCAUGAGAGAUAAGCUUAAGGACCAGUUGGGAAAAGUCGCCGAAGUCUACAUGGAGAUCUAUGAAGACUUUAGUAAAAACGAUACUAAGUCUUACAUUGGUCUGCGGGACUUUUACUGCUUGGUUAAACAUCUGUGUAGGAAGGCCGAGGAGAAGGAUAGUUUCUUAACUUCGGGAGACAUCCUAAAUGGAGUGUACAGAAACUUUGGAGGAAUUUGUCGUGAUGCCAACUCCAAGGUCAUGAAGGCGUUUGAAAAACGAUUUAUUGUGCAGAACGAAAUGAAGCCUAAGACUAUUUCAAUGAUCAGAGAGAAUCUACACUCUAAGAAACUGGAGAGUGGAAGCCGGUAUCUUCUGAUAGUAACCCCGAAUCUGGAGACUACUAUAGAUACAGUUGAUCAGGAGCUGAGAAACAGAUACAAAAAAGAUGACAUCCAUGGACGAACUCCACAAAUCAAGUUCAACAGUGACUUUCCAGAUGAUGCCGACUACACUAAGAGAUGUAAGAUAAUAAACGACGUGAAGAACUCUAUAGAACGUGGUGAUGAUAUUAUGCUUAUUGACAUGGAGAUGAUUUACGAGAGUUUGUACGACGUUCUUAAUCAGUAUUACAAGGAGUGGCAGGGGAACAAGUAUGUUGAGAUCGCACUGGAGUCACACAGAGUCAACUGCAGGGUACAUGACGAGACUAAGAUCAUCUUACUCGCUCGUCCUGACCAGGCUGUCAAGUUUCCUAUUCCUCUUCUCAACCGGAUGGAGAAACACUACUUUACACUGAGGGAUAGUAUGACAUUGACAGAAACUAGGUACCGUUGUUAGAAAACUUGAAAACUGGGUAGAGAGUCUUACCAAAUCUAACUCAGGCAUCCUGGAUAACUUCCAGACAAACGAAACGUUUAUCGGAUACCAUCAAGAUACGACAGCAUCAUACGUCAAAACGGAGUGGAAGAG